CACUUUUAGAGAGAGAGAGAGAGAGAGUAAGAUUCUUUGCCGUCGCUAGUCUUCCCGCUGCCAUCCUUGUCUGUUCUCCGGCUACGCACUAGGUUAGUCCUCUUCGGCCUUGCUCUUCCAUGUCUUCCCAAUCCUCAGUCUUUCGUCGGUCCGCGUCCGAACGCGACGUCGAGGGUUCCGUCACAGGCUCCGUCCAGGAAAGCGACUCCCGCUUGGCCUCUGUUGAGGAGAUAGUCGAGGCGGUUGAGAUCCCUCUUCAGUCCGAGCCUCGCAAACAGAGGCGCACUGCCCUGGAGGACUCGGGGAUCCGAGCGCGGAAAUGCACCCUCACGGCUGAGGAAUUUCGCAAGGCGAAGCGCUUGGCCUCGGCGCCAGGUGUGACCGUGCGUCGUCCCACCCCUGAGCAGUCAGUCUUUGAUGCUCCUUCGGGUUUCUUCGCUAUCCACCUCAAAUCCCUCGAGUACGGGUUUCGUUUCCCCCUCCAUCAGUUGGUCAUAGACUUUUUCCAACAUUUCGAUCUUCUCCCAUGCCAAGUCAUGCCCAAAUCCCAUCGUUACUUGGCCGGGUUCCUUAUCCGUUGCCAAAGGACCGGGGUUCGCCCCGAUCUGGCUCGCUUCCUGUUGCUCUUCCAGCGCCGAGCGGAUGAAGCUCAUGUUCCCGGACGCUCCGAGCGGCAACUCGCAGGCUCCUCCCUCGGGCGGCUGUCCCCGACUCCCCCCGUGAAGCCGACAUCCAAGACGACACAGAAGAAGAGGAAGGAAACGGCCUCGGCCGCCGACGCUCUACAGGGGUCGGUGUCCCCCAUGAUGAAGGACUGCGGCCAUCCCAAAUAUGUCAAGGCGGCCUUCCCCGCUCGGGUCUCCUUCACAGACCGGGAUUACGUCCCGGAGACCUUCCUGCGCAGCUUUACUCCUCCAACCGAUCGUGCCAAGCUAAAAGAUGUCGACCGGGAGACUCUGGCCUCAGAUACCUUCCAUGAGCUGGGCUCGGCGAUGAUGCGCAUGGUCGACAUGAGUCAGCGGCUGCGCGCCAGUGUGGACGACCGGAGUAGGGCUUAUGUUGAGAUAGCCGACCUCAAUGAGGCCUUGAAGGCAGCCAAGGAACAAGCUCGCCAGGCCGAGGAGCGGGCUCAGCAACUCGCGGAGGAGGCUGCUCGCAAUCAAGCCGUUGCCGAGUUCCUAGCAUCGGAUGCAUUUCAGGAGGAAGCCUUCACUCGCAUGAAUGAUUUGCUCAAGGCAUGGGGGCAGACUCCUGAGGGCCAGGCAUUCGCCCGCUCCGAAGGAACGUCGUGGUACAACCUCGGUCUGUUCCGAGCGCAGCAAGUCCUCUCGGAUAGGUUCCUCGCCGGGGAGGACUUCCCCGAGCCAUGCGACAAUCCUGAUGAGCUCAAUACUUCCAACUACUACCCGAAUGGCGGGAACUCAGCCGGCGAGCAGCCGAGUGCCGAGUGAAAUGACUUGAAACUUUGUUGUAUUUGAUGUACUGCUGCUCAAGACUUUGUUUUUUUUAAUUCGGAUAUGUUAUGACUUGAUGAUUCGUACGGAUGUGCUAUGCCUCUCUUUUGCGUUUAAUCUUACUGCCCUCGUCGGUUCUUUGAACUUGCGAGCUCGCUCCUUCCCCCGCCCAACCUGAGCUCGUCUGUGCCGAACAGAGGAUACCUCGGGGCUUGGUCCCUUUU